AUUAUUUUCAAUUUUUUUUCCUCCAACUUUCUUUGCCCGACUCGCCUUCUUUCUUUGGGCGGGUGUUUCAGAAUUCUCUGUGCUUUGAUUUGAGUGAUACGCCUGCCAGUGCCGCCAUUACAAUUCAACUGCUUCUCUCUCCUCCGCACUUUUCCACUCCAGCAUGGGGGCGAGCAACGCUGACGAGGAGCUCCGCCUUCUCGACGAUGUAUUACGCUCGCUGCCGCCGGCGGCAGUGAAUGAUCUCCUAACCCUGCGAUUAUGUCCUCAAUGUAUUCUCCGAUUAUUUGGGAAAUAUGGGCCAAUUUACACUCACUAUUCCCGAAUCUCUACUGUAUUGGCGGAAGUUGUUCAACAUCAGCCUAGCUCUGAUGACCCUCUGUUGAAAGAGUCGGCCAAUGAGGAUGGUAUUUGCAGUGUUUGUUUUGGAAUUCUUCAGUUUAUUUGUGUGGAUGAGAAACAAACAUUGGUGAACAAGGGUUGUGCCAGUGACUUUGCUGCACUAAUCUAUGAACUGGCGAGGAAGGAUGGUCAUCAAGCUGAUAGCUUAUCCCUUGAAGUCUCUAUACCACCAAUUAUUGUGGAGAACGAAAAUGCUGUCAGGUUGUCUAUGAAACAGAAGUACAGUUCUGAGGAUUGGUUCCAAGAAAUGCUCCAGUCUGAAUUCAUUUCAGUCAAGGAUGCCCUAAAGCUGUCUAUCACAGAGCCUCUUGAAACGUUGUUGGGUGUCAAAUCUGGUUCAAGCUCUUUCCGUGUUCGGUUGACUUAUACUUCUUCUGAGAUGCCAAUGAAGACUGAUAAUGGAAAAGAGAAUAACCAAGGCAGCAAGAAGCGGAAAAUAGGCAAAAGGUCUGAAAUUACUGACACUGAAGUACAUUUGAAGCAAUGUUCAGACAGUUUGCAAGAAAUAAAAUCCUUCAGACUGUUGGAGAAGAUAUCAGCUUGCAGUUUGGAGGUUCUUUGUUCCAGCACUCCUAUCUAUAUUGGGGGUAGAUACUUGAAGUAUUCUAGAAAUGUGAGUCAAUCACGAUGGAUUAUUGACGAUGAAAGAAUGGGAGAGGCAUCUGUUGAGGAGAUUGUGGGAACCAGCAUUCUUCCGCUGUGCAAGGGUGAUAAUUACAAAUUCCAUGCUGCUGGUAGAGAGGACAUAGAUGUCCGGAUGUUGGGCUCUGGACGUCCUUUCUUACUUGAAAUUCAAAAUCCUCGAAUGUUGCCAUCAGAAUUGUCACUAAAAGAGAUGGAAACUAAAAUCAAUAGUCUGGAAGGCAAAUUGGUGAAGGUGAAAAAUCUGAAGGUUGUUGAUGAACAAGGUUGGACCCUAAUGCGUGAAGGAGAAGCAGAAAAGCAGAAGCAAUAUGCGGCCCUAGUGUGGAUUUCUCGUCAACUUGAGGAUAAAGACUUGGUUACUAUAUCUUCACUAAAAGAUUUGAAAUUAUUACAGAGAACCCCGGUGAGAGUACUUCAUCGUCGAAGUCCUCUAGAACGUGAAAAGAUAAUCCAUUCGAUGAGUAUUGAGAAGAUGUCUGGAAGUACCCAGUAUUUCCUCCUGCAUCUCUGCACACAGGCUGGAACAUAUAUCAAAGAAUUUGUUCACGGAGAUCUUGGACGUACAUAUCCAAGCCUUGGUUCGAUUCUGGGUUGUCGGGUGGAGAUUCUCCAACUUGAUGUAACAGAUGUGAAGAUGGACUGUUUCCUGACUGAAUAAAGACAUGGUUUACAACAUUUGGAACAAACUCAUCAUCUUAAUUACCUCGUCGACCAUGGUUACCAGCUAAACGGCUUUAUGUUUAGGGUAUUAGAGAAAAUUAUAGGGGCUUAUUGCUGCUGAGGGUGAAUCUACCCCUUGAAAUUUCUGAUUAUACGUGGUGAAGUGGACAAUAGAAUUUGUAAUUUAUGUACUUUAUCUAAAUGACAGGUUCAGUUGUUCGUAUGAA